GAAGAAGGAGGAGGAGGGGGGGGAGUGAUGUGCAGAGAGAGAGAGAGAGGCGGCCUGCCGAGAGAGAGAGAGAGAAGCAUGGCCCCUGGACCCCGCCAGCUCGCCUGGCUGUGUUGGCUCUGCUGCUGGAGGGCGAGCAUCGCCCGAGCAGCUCCUGAAUGCCAGCCCGGAGGGCACGCGGUGCUGGACAGCCCAUUCCGCAGCGUGCAGUUCGACUCGACACAACUGCAGCAGUCGGCCAUCCAGGACCUCAUCUGCGACCACUCCCUCGACGCAGGAUGGUACCGCUUCAACGUGUUUGGCAAGCCUGCCCAGAUGCCCACGACCUGUGUGGAGAUGAACCGCUGUGGCACGCAGGCCCCAGUGUGGCUGUCGCUGCACGGCUCCGAGUCGCUGCCGGCGCCGGGUGAGGCGCGCCAGCUCACCGCCUGCGCCACCUGGCAGUUCUUCCCGGGCUCCACCAAGGACUGCUGCCUCUUCCGUAUCCCCGUCACCGUGCGCAACUGCGGCGACUUCCACGUGUACCUGCUGCGGCCGACUCAGGGUUGCAUGGGCUACUGCGCGCAGGUGGUCCCCGAUGCACGCACGCCGCCCGACGAGCCCGCUCUGCUGGCCGAGCCGAUGGCGCUGGAGGAGGCCCUGGUGCCGGACGGACCAGCGCUGCCGGAGGAAGUGGCGGUGCCUGAGAGACCGUGUGGCCCUGGGGAGGAGGAGGUGAACGUCGCCUGCAGAGCGACGCUGCCGGUGCUGGCGGAGCGGCCGGUGGUCUCGGCGGCGCCAAGCGGCAGCAGCGGCGGCGGCGGCGGCGGCGUGCACGCGCGCUGCCUCUUCUCGGGCCCGGCGUACCACGGCACGCUGGGCUACGUGGUGGAGUGGACGCGCGUGGCGGCCCACGGACAGCGGGAGGCCCUCCGCCGCGAGACCUCGAUGCAGCCGCGAGCCAGCAUCGAGCUGGACGGUGUCAACAUCCGCCUGGGAGACUCGAUCGUGUGCAGCGUCGCCUGCUUCCUUCUGGAUUCUCCACAAUCCCAGGGCCCGGCUGUGGAGAGCGAGGAGUUCUUUGCCGGAAUCAAGGUGAGCCCUAGCAGCCUGGAGAUGUCGGAGGACGGACGGGAGCACGCGAUCGUGGUGGAGAGCACCGUGCCCAUCCCGUGCGCCGAGCCGGGCCCCCGCACGCCCAGCUGCGCCCUCGCUCUGCGGCUCCACACGUGGAGCGACGACGGUGGCCCUGCCGACGUGGCGCUCUCGUCCUGCCUCGUGCUGCUCCCCCCUGGGCCCUGCGCGGGCAGCAGCUGCUCGCGGGCCACGGUCACUGUCACGGCCAUCGUGGACUUCACGCGGGACGGUGACCGCGACAGCUUCGUCUCCGUGGAGCCCAUCGGCGUCUCGGACUUCCUGUGGUCCGGCUACGCGCCACCGCCCGUGCAGGUGACGGUGAGAGACGUACCGACCCCGUACUGCUACUCGCUCACCGACCCGCACGUCAUCACCUUCGACGGCAGACGUUACGACAACUACGGCACGGGCACGUUCGUGCUCUACCGGAGUACGGCCCGCCCGCUCGACGUCCACGUGCGGCAGUGGGACUGCGGCAGCCGCGAGCACGCCGUGUCCUGCGCCUGCGGCGUGGCGGCCCGCGAGGGGCCCGUCUCCGUGGUGGUCGACAUGUGCAAUGGGCAGGCGCAGGAGGAGGCGCGGCCGCACCUCUCCGUGCGGGGCCUCGUCCUCGAGCACGGCGAGCGGCGGCCACGGAUCACCGAGGCCCAGCAGGGUCGCAAGGUCACGGUCACGUUCCCGUCUGGCACGUUCGUGCGCGUGGACGUGAGCGACUGGGGGAUGAGCGUCGCGGUGCGGGCGCCCGGCUCGGACGCGAACGCCACCCUCGGCCUGUGCGGCACCGUGGACGGCGACGCGGGCAACGACUUCCACGGCAGCCGCGGGGAACGUCUGCCUCCCUCCUCGGGUGUGGCCACCGCAGAGCCGCGACGCUUCGUCGACGAGUGGAGGCUGCAGCCGGGCGAGAGCCUCUUUGACCGUCUCCCCGAGGGCGAGGCGCUGCCGCUGCGGCGAAACUACUGCACCUGCGGCCGCAACCCCGUGGGCCCCGACCGCCACCGAGCGCCCGAGCCGCCCUCUCCCUACGCCUCCGCGACGUGCCUCGGCAUCGAGGACGUGGACCUCUCGGGCCUGAUCCCGGCCGAGGACGUCACCGCCGACUUCCUCAACCCCCAGGAGCUCGUGGUGCCGGACAACCGCAGGCGCCGUGGCGCUCGGGGAGCGUCCCGACCUCCGACCCCCGAGCGCGGAAGCAACCGGUUCCCGGCGGGGAGUCGAGGUGUCGCGGAACGCGCAGCGAGCCCCGAAGCGCGGUCGCGGGAGACGGCUCAGCCGGCGGCGUCGGCGGCGGGGCACCGUGGCACAGGGGGCCAGCGAGAGCGCCGCUACGGGAAGAGGAGGAUCCGUCCGGAGCUGCGACGGCCAGAGGCACGGGACGCGGUCGCUGCCUCCGCGAGCCAGGUGGCAGACCGCCCGCGGGAAGAGCAGAGCUACUACGAAUACGCGCCGACCUACAACUUGCAGAGUCUGAGCCAGGUGGACCUGGAGAGCCUCAGCUACUUCUUCCCCGAGGACCACAUGGCCGGGGGCGACGGCGACAGGCAGCGCCCGGCGGCGGCGGCCCCGCUGCGCUGGCCCACGCGGAGCGGCCUGAUGGAGAAGCGCGCCGCCGACCUGUGCGUCGCCGCCCUGGCGGCCUCCGGCGUGGGCAGGGCCUGCGCGCCGGUGCUCGGCCGCGAGACGCUGGACCGUGCGCAGCAAACGUGCGUCCUCGACCUGCAGCUCAAGGACGACCCCAGCUGGGCCGACGCGCUGGUGCCGUACCUGGAGAACGAGUGCGAGCGGCGCCUUGUGGAGCGCGCAGAGGCAGCGGCCGGACCGGACGGGGCCCCGUCCGAGGCCCUGGAUGCCCUCCGGUGCCCACGCGGGUGUAGCGGGCAUGGCCGGUGCACGCCCCAGGGCUGCGACUGCUCCCAGGGCUUCGGCUCCUACGACUGCAGCGCCUCCGAGAGUCAGCCCCCGCAGAUUGCCGAGCUGGAAAACGGGGGGCUGUGCGACAUCCGCGCUUACGACUGCACGAGCGUGCGCGUGUUUGGCAAGGGCUUCAGGGACUCGCCGUCCUUGAAAUGCAGAAUCCUCAGCCUACAGAACGUGGGUGGGGAGUGGGUGCCCGACGGGCCACGGCUCGUCGAUGCCGAGUGGCUGAGCGGCCGCGCCGUCGAAUGCCCCCUGCCCCCGGCCGCCAUCCCCGCGGGCGAGCAGCUGGGCGCGGUGCUGGACGAGGAGCCCUUCGCCCGCUUCCAGAUACAGGUCACCAAUGACGGGCUCGAGCUGAGCGACAUUAAGACCCUGACUCUGUACGAUGGAGUCUGCCAGGUGUGUGACUCGAGGCCCAAUGGACUCUGCAAACUCAAGGAAAAUACCUGCAACAUCGACGGCCUGUGCUAUGGAGAGGGACACAUCAAUCCCACAAGCCCGUGCCUGCUAUGCAGGCCCGAUGUGUCCAAGUUCACCUGGUCCCUGAAUGAGAACAACCAGGCCCCGGAGCUGCAGACGGGCCUCGAGCCGCUGCACACGUUCGCCGGAGAGGGCUUCAUCUUCCAGCUGCAGGCCAGCGACCCCGAGGGCUCGGCCGUGCUCUUCACGCUGGAGCUGGGCCCGCCGGGGGCCUCGAUCACGCCGGGAGGCCUCCUCAUGUGGGAUGUCCCGGCCCUGCCCGGCCCGGGCCCCAGCGGCCGCUCCGAGGAGUUCCGGCUCACGGUGGCCGACGAGUGUGCGGCCGAGAGCCGCGUCGUAGUGCAGGUGGCGGUGAGGCCGUGCGAGUGCGUGAACGGCGGCACGUGCGUCACAAACGUGGGCCGCCCCCCGGGGAGCGGCGAGUACCUGUGCGUGUGCGGCGCCGGCUACACGGGCCCCCGCUGCGCCGGCCACGUGGACGGAUGCGCCGCGGCGCCGUGCGGGCCCGGCACGUGCGUGGCCGGCGUGGGCAACUUUUCGUGCUCGUGCCCAGCCGGGCUCACAGGCCCGGCGUGCGCCCACGACGUGGACGAGUGCCGGGGACGGCCGUGCUUUGCCGCGGUGCCGUGCGCCAACAGCAUGGGCUCCUUCCGCUGUGGGCCCUGUCCAGCGGGCCACCGGGGGGACGGGCGCGCCUGCUCGCCCAUCACCGCCGGCACCACCACCACCAUCUCCACCACCUCGAGAGCCCCGUCCACUCGCCCCACCCAAGCGGCGGGGCUGGGAGGGCCCCCCGGACCGGGCACCGGCGGCCACAGGGAAGGCCCCGAGGAGGCGGCCGGGCGCUCCUCCCGGCCCGUGGACGUCGGGACGGCCGCGGCCCCCCACCGGCCCAGCCUGGCAGAGCGAGGUCCCAGCGAGGAGGGAGCGGGGGACGGGGAUGCGUCACGCGUGGCGGCCCAGCACCGCGCGGCACCCGAGCCCGUGCGCCCUGAGCGCGUGGCAGGCUGCGCCGGUAACCCCUGCUUCCCCGGUGUUCCGUGCCACGAGCGCAGGCCGCCUGCCGCCGGCACCGCGUGUGGCCGCUGUCCACCAGGGCUUUAUGGGAACGGCCGCACCUGCACCAAGCUGCGUGGCCGAGGUGAGCGAGAGGCUCGCGGUUCGCCCAAUGGGUCAGUCGAUCGGCACGGUCGCGCUGUAAAGAGUGGUAACUUCACGCCUCCUCCAAGAUGUCUCACCGACGUGGAAGAGUGGGCCAAGUUAAGCUCUUAUCAGAUUUAUUUCGACUGGAGGAAUCCGAUGAGGUGUCCAAGAGGGGCAGGUCCUCACGAGACACGGCUGCCCCCCGUGCGGGCCGCUGUCGCCCAGCACUCGCUGUCCGGAGCACCAAAGCCGUCGCUUGCGGUGCAACAGAGGCCGUCCUCCGGGACGCUUCACCGUGGCUCGGCGCACACGGGCGACCCCGGCACGCAGGGGCGGUCAAAACACGCUCAGCUGGGCGCUGGGCCCAAAACCGCCGGGUCCCUGACCGGAGCGCCAUCCGUCGCCGACCACGAGAGGGGUCCUUCGCCCGCGGCAUCCGAAGCGCUGGCGCCGCCGCCCGCCAUUGCGCACGGGAAGAAAGCGGCCACCGCGAACGGCGCCGCCGCGAUGACGCCACCUCCCCCGGGCUUGACGCAUCAGCAUAAUGAGGUGGCCCCGCGCCUCGGCAAGGCCGGGCAGUCGUGCGCCGACUCGCCGUGCUUUAAGGGCGUCCUCUGCGAGUCCCCGGCCGGCGGCGCCGGAUACAAGUGCGGCCGCUGCCCUCACGGCUACUACGGCGACGGCGAGUCCUGCCGAGCGCUCUGCCGCUACGCCUGUGGCAAGAACAUGGAGUGCUCCGCCCCCAACACGUGCCGAUGCAAGCCCGGCUACACAGGCUACAACUGCCUCAUCGCCGUAUGCAGGCCAGACUGCAAGAACCAGGGCAAGUGCGUGAGGCCGGACGUGUGCGAGUGUCCGCUGGGCUACAAGGGGCCGAUCUGCGAGGAAGUGGAGUGCACACCGGCCUGUCAGAACGCGGGCAGCUGCGUCGCCAGGAACCUGUGCUCUUGUCCCUACGGAUACCUGGGCCCCAGAUGCGAGACCAUGGUGUGCAACAGGCACUGCGAGAACGGAGGGGAGUGCGUCAGCCCGGACGUGUGCCGCUGUUCCCCGGGCUGGGACGGUCCGACCUGCGGGAGCGCCGUGUGCAGCCCCGUGUGCCUCAACGGGGGAGCCUGUGUGCGCCCCGGCGUGUGCCUCUGCCCGCACGGCUUCUUCGGAGCUCAGUGUCACAACGCCAUCUGCAGCCCUCCCUGCAAGAACGGCGGCCACUGCAUGCGCAACAACAUCUGCUCCUGCAGCGAGGGAUACACGGGCCGCCGCUGUCAAAAGAGCGUGUGCGAGCCCACGUGCAUGAACAGCGGGAAGUGCGUGGGACCCAAUGUCUGCUCCUGCCCCUCCGGGUUUAAAGGAAAACGCUGCAAUCGCCCCGUGUGCCUGCAGAAGUGUAAGAACGGCGGAGAGUGCAUCGGCCCCAACAGCUGCCAUUGCCCCGAGGGAUGGGAGGGCAUGCACUGUCAAAACCCCGUGUGCCAGCAGACGUGCAAGUUCGGCGGCCGCUGCACCGCUCCCAACGCGUGCUCCUGCCGGCCGGGCUUCUCCGGCUUCGCGUGCGGCCGCAGGUUAGCGGCGAGGCAGGGGAAGUGAAUGAAGAGGAGCACGUGCGUGCUGACAUCACCUGCCGAAACGGCAGGACUUGUUGAGAAGAAGGAUCUGCAAUCAAGCGAGGCUACGGUGCUCAUUCACUUGGGGGGGGGGGGGGCACCCCGAUAAUCUGCACACACCAACUGCGGUUGGUUUCUGCAGGGUCCUUGGCUUUUUGUAACUUGUAUUUUUUAAAAUUGUGUUUGUACUUUGGCCUAACCCUUUGUAUGUGGUGGAGUGGCUUACUGGGUGUGGGUGUCGGUCUGGUCACAUCUACCUCCGCAAGCAGACCAAGAGGCUUUGAAACCCUCCCCUAGGCGUUUCCCACGUGUUUUUUUUUUAACAAGAGUUGUUAGUUUGGUAGGACAAUUUUUCACGUAUUUAUUUUCACAGGGAACAUUUUUACAUGCAAGACAUCUUAGCCGGUACGUCACCGACUGUGGCAUAGGAAUCAAUGUUUGUUUUUCUCUUUAGAACGCCUGCUGCCACUGAAUACCAGAACAAUAUAAGUUAUUGUUAAGCUUUCUUAACAAGUACUUUGUGUUGUACAAAGGGAAUUGUACAUAUCUUCAAGAGAUAUUGUCUGGAAUAUCUUAAAACUGCUUAAAUGGAGACGACACACUUCAUGUAACCGCGGCAAUGCUAUGUUUUUACCAAACUUAAACACAAACACAAGAAACUUUGAAAAAAACUGUAUAUUCUGUAAGAUAUAAAAUAAAGCAACACAGGUAUGGUUUUCUUCACUGGUAUCUGUAAUUUAAUAAAGUACUCGUGGAGUAGGUGAAGGUA